AUUUUUAAAAUCGCGCGGUUGGUUCGAUACAAAAAGUGACUCGCUCCUUAUUGACCCUCCGGUCACCCAUCCGUGGCCAGGUACUUGGGCAAGCUGGCCAGAUUGUAUUUUGAAGGUUCAGCCAAGGCCCCAGUUAUACAAGCCAUUUGAUCUUCUUUGUUCGCUCUCUCCCUUGCCACCAAUUGUAUAUGAUAUAUAUUUUUCUUUUUUGGAACAAAUCGCCGACUGGCUCUUCUCCGCCUCCUCAGGCCGUUCGUUAAAAAACUUGUCCCGUUGAUUCAGUGUGAUUCCGACUCGUCUCUCUCGCUCUCGUUUCCCUCCAGCAACACGCCCUCUCUCUCGAGACGUUUGCGGGAUUGUCUGCUCCGUUCGCGAAUUUCAACUUUUAGCGAUCCCCGCGCGCCGCAACGACUUCUCUCAAUUCUAUUUGCUUGUCCACUCAAACCCCGUCCCUUGGCCAACCCCCCUCCACCUGAUCGAGCAACGCCCUGCUUUUUUGUUGUGUACAUUCCGGAAUACAGUGUGCCCUUUUUUGUUUCUCUAGUUAUUGUUAUCGUUAUUUUGUCGAAAGCCGUGGUAUCGUUGCGGAUUCUCUUUUUCUUCUCCUGCUUCGAAUCCCCGCGUAGAAGCACCUUGCUGGUUUUGCCGGCCAACGGGUUAUUGCUACUCCUACUCUGCAACGCUCGGCGACUUGCCUGCCAGCCCAUACCGCAUACAGGACAAAGUUCCAUCUCGCGUCAAUCAGCACCACGGGACUCUUUCUGCCUACAAAGGGAUUAUCUUUUCUUUUUUGUUUUAUUUUUUGUUCUUUCUUUCUUUCGGGAUUGCGCUCGCUGUGUCCACGUUCCCCGCGAACUCGGAGAGGUCAACAUCUUUGUGCCCUGUCAACAUUAUACGUGGAAACAAAGCCUCUCGAGAUACCAAAGGAGAACAAAACAUAUUCCCUUGUUACCAGUCUCCUAAAUACUGGGUCCAUCUAUCUCUCGUUCCUUGUUCUCGUCUCGCGGUCUGCCUGCGACCUGCGUUGGAACUACUGGUGUCUGUGCCCUCCCGAGCUUUUCUUAGUGCUUUUUUUUUUUUAGCGUAGGCUCACCGACCCCCUUGUAUUCCACGACAUGUUGUCGCGGGCCGGACAUGCGUCGGGGCAAGCCGUCGUUGCCGGGAACGCUGCAACCCUAAACGGUAGCGGUGCUGGACACUUGACUACUAUAUCGCCAUCGACAAUGGGAACCCAGCAGCCAACAGCAACAACGACGCAACCCACAAUAGACGUUUUGAUCACAACAGCGGCGACCACAAUGAUGACGGGGACAACAGGUGUAAACUCGCUACCAUCUUCGCGAAGACAACGACAUGGUCUCCGAAUACUUCAACACCCAGAGGUCGUUCGAUGCUGUGGUUUCGGCAACAAGGACCGCCGAUCAAUCGAUCCUCCUCCUAUUCUCGAGCUCAUCACCUAUGAUUCCAACGGCAACGAAAUCCCCGCCAAUCUCCGCGAAGCACCUUUUAUGAUCGUCCACGCGUCGCUCUGGACCGCAGACGGUAUGACAGACAAAAGCCUGCUAGAGAAUCCAUAUUGGAGCGCGUCGCAGGCUCGUGAGCGGGAAGCGGCGAUUCAAGCAGCACAAGCAGCAGUGCAUACCACGAACCACAUGAUGCCAUAUACGGGACCGGAUCAUGGAUCUGGCCCACCACAGAUGGGAAGGGAUAGCAGCACACAUUGUCUGGUUGGCUCAUUGGUUAGCAUGGCGCACAAGUUCACCGACACGGAUGGGAACAAACGGAUCAUGUUUGCCUUUCCUGACUUGUCGGUACGGUGUCCAGGUAUAUAUGCUCUAAAGUUCUCGUUGGCAGAUCUGGGCUCAAGCGCCGCCAAAAUCACCCACGCGACAAAAUCCCUCCUCUCCACACACCUUUCAAAACCCUUCACCGCGUACAAGCCCAAAGACUUUCCUGGCAAGCGCGAACCCACCCCCCUCUCCCGCGCUCUUGCCAAACAGGGCAUCAUAGAGAUUCACGUGCGCUCAAAUCUGAGCACAAAGCCUAAUCAAUUGUCUAACAGAGAUGCGGAUCCGCCUGCGUACCUUGUUCAAAGAGGUUCAGGAGACAGCACUGGAAGUAGUGGGAGCAGUGGAAGCGGCGCUAGUGGUGUGAGCGGGAGCAGUGGUGUCAGCGGGAGCAGUGGGAACAGUGGGAGCAACGGUGGGGUGCUGAAUGGGAGUGGAAAGGUGUAGAUCUGUAUGGGUUUGUUAAUUGUUUUGUUAGAGCGUGCUAGUGGUGUUUGUGGAUGUGUAGUUUGAUUGUUGAGUAGCGUUUGUGCUUAUUUUUAUCUAUCGAAUAUUGGUAUGCGCUGGCAUAGAAUGAGCGCAAGCCUAUUAUAAAAUAUCAGUAUUCCUGAUUGUUGAAGA